AAAUUCUGUUUCCCCUCCCUUCCAAAUCUCAGCCCAUGAAUUCGUUAUCUGCAGCUUUUCUCACAGGCUCUAUGCUUAGUAAGCGUCUUUAAGAAAGAAGAAAACCAUGGCAAACUGUGUCAGUUUCUUUCCUUGGACCAUAAUCUUAUUAUUGUGUUUUAUCCAAUUUUAUCCUGCAAGAGCAUUGUGGCUUCUGAAUGUCUUGUUUCCUCCGAGUAAUACACCAGAAGCUGCCCAAACUAACAGCACUCCUCCUGUCGUACUAGUCCCAGGAUGUUUUGGAAACCAGCUAGAAGCAAAAGUUGACAAAGAAGAUGUUGUAAACUGGGUGUGCUACAAAAAAACCGAUGACUACUUUACAAUAUGGCUGAAUCUGAACAUGUUCCUGCCCCUAGGAAUAGACUGUUGGAUAGAUAAUAUCAGGGUUGUUUACAAUAAGACUACAAGAAUGGCUUCAAAUGCUCCAGGAGUUGAUGUCCAGGUCCCAGGUUUUGGAAAGACCCAUUCUGUUGAGUACCUGGAUAAAAGCAAGUUAGCUGGUUAUUUUCACACUCUUGUGCAGAAUUUAGUGAAUAAUGGGUAUGUAAGAGACCAGACCGUUAGAGCUGCACCAUAUGAUUGGCGUAUAGCUCCCAAUGGGCAGAAAGAAUACUUUGAGAAACUUAAGAAUCUGAUAGAAGAGAUGAGCGUGGAAUAUAAUGAGCCUGUCUUCAUCAUUGGUCACAGUCUUGGCAAUUUGUACCUACUCUAUUUUCUCAACCAUCAGCCCCAGGAAUGGAAAGACAAAUAUGUAAAAGGAUUUAUAUCCCUUGGAGCUCCAUGGGGAGGUGCAGUCAAACCUCUCCUUGUACUCAUGUCAGGAGAUAAUCAUGGCAUUCCAAUGGUCUCCAACAUCAAAAUCCGAGAAGAGCAACGUAUGACUACCACAAAUCCGUGGAUGCUCCCAACAAACUUAGGCUGGCCAGAAUCCCAUGUCUUUAUUUCUACUCCUUCUGACAAUUACACAUACAAGGACUAUCAGAAGUUAUUCCAUGACAUCGGGUUUGAGGAUGGCUGGUACAUGUGGGAGGAUACAAAGGGGUUGAUAGAGGGUCUUCCCCCACCAGGAGUAGAAGUAUAUUGCAUCUAUGGUACUGGGAUCCCUACUGCAGAAACAUACAUUUAUGGAGAAGGUUUCCCAAAUGAGCCUGCCAUAGACAUCAAGUAUUCAGAUGGGGAUGAUACAGUGCAUACAAGAAGCAUGGAACUGUGCAAGAGGUGGAUCAAUCAGCAGAAACAGAAAGUGCACAUCCAUGAACUUGCAGGGAUCCAGCAUCUUAAUAUGGUCUUUAGCAACCAGACAUUAACUCUCAUUAAUGAUAUACUGCUGGAGAGCAAUCUAGACUGACUGAGAAUGUAACACAGCCAUCAUUACUGAUUUACUUUACUUUUACACUAUAUUUGCUGUUGGUCUUUUAGAUAGUAUAAAGUAUGUGCAUAUUGUAAUGCCAGCUGGCAGGGAGCCUCUGCAUAUCAAAAGGAUACUAUUAUAUAAGUGUGCCCAGUUGUAGAAAGUGAACAAUAUAUUUCAAGUGAUUUGAUGUUUCUGUAACGUGAAAGGAUUCCUGAAAUAUAGUUAACCAUUUCCAUAAAUUCAAGGGGCAAUUUGCAUCUUUGUUCAAUAUGAGCCAAAUAAACUUGGUGAUGCCCUCUGGCCAUUACUGUGUGGUCCAAUGUGCAAUCUUCCAUUAAAUAUUGUUUGAAUAUGUA